GCUCGACGCGGGGUCAGAGUCUCGCUAGCUCUCCAGGUACGAGUUUUGAGCGUCGUCCUUUUAAGUAAUGAUACAAGCCCCUCCUCCCCUCCGUGGUCUACAGCUGUCAAGUUGUCCCGAAACAUUGGCUUCGUCUUUUGGGUCCGUAAAUUAUUAACCUGUCAAAAUCGGACCCCAAGAUGUCCCUCCCUCGUUUCGGCCGUCUUACGGUCGACAACAUCAACCCCAACGUCAAAGCCGCUAAGUAUGCCGUCCGUGGAGAGCUGGCCACGAAGGCAGAGGAAUAUCGUGUGCGGCUGGAGAAGGGCGACAAAUCCUUGCCGUUCGACAGUGUGAUCUUUGCCAACAUCGGAAACCCUCAGCAGCUGGACCAGAAGCCUAUUACCUUCUUCCGCCAGGUCCUGAGUUUGCUCGAAUACCCCCCCCUGCUGGAGAACGAGGAUGUGUUGAAGAACGGACUUGGAUACAAGCAGGAUGUUAUUGACCGCGCCAAAAGGUUGCUGAAGGAUAUUCGCAGUGUGGGCGCAUACAGCCAGAGCCACGGCUCCCCGGCAGUGAGAGCCAGCGUAGCGAAAUUCAUCGAGCAGCGUGAUGGCUUCCCCGCGAACCCCAACGAUAUCUACCUCUCUGGUGGGGCGUCUUCGGGUGUUAACACUCUGCUGAACGUCAUGUGCGAGGGUCCUAAGACCGGUAUCCUCGUUCCAAUCCCGCAGUAUCCCCUUUACACGGCCACAUUGUCUGUGCUGGACGCACAAUGUGUACCAUACCAUCUGGAGGAGGAGAAGGCUUGGGGUACCGAAGUCGACGCAAUCCGAGCGUCCGUGGCCAAGGCCAAGGCAGACGGUAUUGACGUCCGUGCGAUUGUGGUUAUUAACCCGGGAAACCCAACUGGAGCUUCGCUAAGUCCGGAGGAUAUCAAGAGCGUGCUCGAUCUCGCUGUGGACGAGAACCUCGUGGUGAUUGCUGACGAGGUCUAUCAGACCAACGUGUUUGUUGGAGAAUUCACCUCGUUUAAGAAGCGCCUACGAGAGCUGCAGAAGGCUGUGCCUGGACGAUAUGACCAUGUCGAGCUUGCUUCGCUGCACAGUGUCUCCAAGGGUAUGGUUGGAGAGUGUGGUCACCGUGGUGGCUACUUCGAACUUGUUGGCUUCCACCCUGAUGUUGCGGCUGAGAUCUACAAGUUUAUCAGUAUCAUGCUCUGCCCUCCAGUUAUUGGCCAGUGCUUGGUUGAACUGAUGGUCAACCCCCCGAAGGAGGGCGAGCCCAGCUACGAGCUGUACCAGAAAGAAUACACGGGCAUUCGGGAUGGUCUGCACAAGCGCGCAUUGGCUUUGUACGAGGCCUUCAAGAAGAUGGAAGGCGUCGAGUGCCAGGAGCCGCAGGGUGCCAUGUACCUGUUCCCUACCAUCACUCUGCCACCUAAGGCCGUCGAGGCUGCGAAGGCCAAGAACCGCUUCCCUGAUGAAUUCUACUGUCUGCGCUUGCUGGACGCGACGGGUGUUUGUGUCGUACCCGGUUCUGGCUUCGGUCAGAAAGAGGGCACAUUCCACUUCCGAACCACUUUCUUGGCUCCGGGUACGGACUGGGUUGAGCGUAUCGUCAAGUUCCACGCGGAGUUUAUGGCAGAAUUCAAGUGAUACCUUUCUUCGUCACGAGCCACGGUUAUCUGGAUUCCAUGUCCUCUACGUCCUGGUCGGCGAUUCAGCGCAAUUUCCUACAGGAAGGAAGCGUAUGCAGACAUUUGAAAAGUUUGAUACCUCAUAGACUAGUGCUUAGAAUCAUUUGGAGACAUACAGUCCAAGUCGUCAAAUAUAUCGCAUCUAUGCAGUCUUUAGUUUGUGGGCAGUGGAAUUGUGUGGUGAAUGCUACGAUGCGCAGUCAACUGCCGGAGAGAAUGUGUU